GUUUCCAUCCGAUGAAUUGAUCAGUGCCAACCUCGCACGAGGAAUGAGAUAUCAUCUAGACUUUGCACCGUAUACAGUCGCAUAUCAUUGGCCAGCGACGGUAUUCCUUCAGCGUCAAAACUGGGUCAAGCUGUCUCAUCCAUCCGGAUUAUCCAUUCAAUCCAGCUUUCCUCAGAUUAUUUAACAAAUAAGCACCGCAUUCCAUUGUGUUUCUUUUCAUUCCCUCCCUCAUAAGCCGCCACUCCUCUCAUUCAUUCUUCACAAUGCCUUCCAUCUUUCCCUCUCCAGACACUCUUCACGAUGCAUUCCAUUCUCCAAACCCCUACGGUCGCCGAAACGAACCAUCAAUUCAACCACGUACCGCUCCCGUAUCAAAGCGCCCCACCCCACUUCAAGCCCGUUCAGAGCUCUACACAGCUUGGUCUGUUGUCGACGAUGCGAAAAACAAAGCCAAUGCAUUGAGUGCAGAAGCUACAAAGGAGUUUGACAAAGCCAGUGCGGCUGCUCAAGCUAAAACUGGUAAAAUCGAGUUGUAUUCGCCAAAGUUCUAUGCCGCUUGUACUUUUGGCGGAUUGCUUGCUUGUGGUCUCACUCACACAACAGUCACUCCCCUCGAUCUAGUAAAAUGUCGUCGCCAAGUCGAUUCCAAAAUGUAUACCGGCAACUUCCAAGCCUGGGGUAAAAUCUUCCGCGCCGAAGGCUUCCGUGGCAUCAUGACCGGAUGGGGUCCAACAUUUUUCGGUUACUCCGCUCAAGGAGCUUUCAAAUAUGGUGGUUAUGAAUACUUCAAGAAAUUCUACGCCGAUCUCGCCGGUCCUGAGAAUGCAUACAAGUACAAAACAUGGCUUUACCUAUCCGCCAGCGCAUCUGCAGAGUUUAUUGCGGAUGUGGCACUUUGUCCUUUCGAGGCCGUCAAGGUUAGGAUGCAAACCACCGUUCCACCGUUUGCAAAAGGUACUGCAGAUGGCCUUUCACAAAUCAUAUCGAAGGAAGGCUAUGCGGGAUUAUACAAGGGGUUGUAUCCUCUCUGGGGACGACAGAUUCCAUAUACAAUGAUGAAGUUCGCAUCUUUCGAGACAAUUGUAGAAAUGAUUUACGAUCGCCUUCCUGGCCAAAAAUCAGACUAUGGUAAAGCUGCUCAGACAGGUGUUUCAUUCACAGGUGGUUAUUUGGCUGGUAUUCUUUGUGCCAUUGUUUCUCAUCCUGCUGAUGUUAUGGUCUCCAAGUUAAACGCAACCCGACUUCCCGGUGAAGCAUUUGGUGCUGCUACUGGACGUAUUUACAAAGAUGUUGGAUUCCGUGGUCUCUGGAAUGGUCUUCCGGUUCGUAUUGUCAUGAUUGGUACUCUGACUGGUUUGCAAUGGAUGAUUUAUGAUUACUUUAAGAUUUUUAUGGGACUUCCUACUACAGGUGGAGCUGCGCCUGUUGAAAAAGUAAGUCAGUAAGGGAUUGGAUAAUAAUCAUAAUCUGGAAGGCUAGAGAUUAGGAGAACAGACUUGAAAAAGAAUUUGUGUCUGAUCGUGUAUAAUUUUAAUUCAAUGAACAAGUAUUUUCCCAUAUUCUCUCCGGAGAACCAUAUCACAAGCACUGUGUCCGUUUGUGAUAGAAGCAAUGAGGCGACAGAUGCAAAUGUACUCUAUGAUUGGGACUUGUAAUAAGCCAAUGUUGAUAAUAAUAAAAAUACA